AUGACUUUCAAUUCGAGGAACUCCUACAUGAACCCUCUAGUAGCGGCGGUGGGGAAGGAAAUUGAGUUGAGGCAUAUCCUGCCUUCAUCGUUCGGAUCGUCCUGCCAACAUCACCAGUUCAAGUUUUUCGAUAAAGACGAAGGCCGAUUCCGCUUUUGGGACUCCCAAAAUGAGCAGAUAACUGACGUGGAUCUCGUUGGCAAUCUUGAUCCCUUCAAUGCCGAAUGUCGCGCGUACGGCCGUAUCGAGGAGAUUUACACCAAGUACCGCGCAAAGAAUAUCGACAUUGGAAUCAUUGCCAUACCUUGUUACGGCUACAUUGAGAUAAGUUCCUCUCAUGAGCGAGACAUUGUUGCUCGCUUCGGACCAUUGGAUUUCCAGCGUUCUGAAACCAAUACCAUCACUCCACUACGCGCCAUAGUGAAACAGUAUAGCUCACAUAUACCCAUCGAUCCGAAGAAAAGAUCUAUCAAACUUAUGUUGCGCGAUCUUAAAACAAUGCAUAAUAACGGCUUAUACCCUAUCGACAUACGUGCGGAGAACUAUCGCGAAGGGCGACUGGUGGAUUUCGGCAUGGCGUUGACGGAACCUAGUUGUGUCUUGCGGGUAUUGGAUGGCUAUAUGGCAGACCGUGAACGAGGAAGGGGCCUUGGUUCGCGCUACAUAUGGAACUGGGCGGCCAGGAUGGGGAUAUCGAACAAGAGCGGGGCGAAAGGCGAAUGGCGACGUUGA